UAUUCACAAAGCUUGGAAAAUGCAGGUUUACCCGCAAAUAAGAUUGUACUGGGCCUGCCUUAUUAUGGGUACGCUUGGGCCUUGGCGAAUCCGAACAAUCAUGGCCUGGGAGCGAAGGCUAAUGGGCCAGCUAGUGGGCCGGGUAUCGAUUCGGAUGGGUCUAUCACGUACAGUUCGGUGAGGGAUUUUAUUCAGACGAAUAACGCGGUGGAGGUGUACGAUGCUACGGUGGUUGUUAACUAUUGCUACGCCGGGAGUACGUGGAUCGGAUAUGAUGACGUGGCGUCGAUAAGUGCGAAGGUUAAAUAUGCGAAGGGGAAGGCUUUGCGUGGUUACUUUGCGUGGGCUGUGCACGGGGAUUACAAUUGGGUCCUCUCCAAAAAUGCUAAAUCAGUGUGGGAAUCGGGAGCUCAAUUAGUAUACGUAAACUAAUGGAAGGAUGUAAAGAAAAAUUGGUGUGGGACGCUUUAAAUAAAUUCUUUCAUCAAGACAAAUGCAUCGCUUAGAUUUUCUCUCUUUGUAUGAUCUGAAAGAAAUAAUAGUUGUAUAUGCAUGUAAUAAAAGGAUAUACUAUAUGACAUAUCCUAAAUGAUAUAUGUGUUGGAUUUAAUCUAAUAAAUCUAUUUGUGGGCACAUAUGAUUAAUCAA